GGUCGGCCAAUGACACGGCCAGCCAACAGCCACGGACUAGCCUCGCAGUCUACCACUUACGCAUCUGACCCAACCGCCCAGCUAGUUAACCGGAGCCCCUCCACCGUCAAUUACUGAGGUUCGGCCGGUCCCCGGCCCGCCCUGCCGCAGCCAUGCUGGCAACCCCAGGAGGAGCACUGGCGUCCGUUUCCUUCGAUUCUUGGGAUCUGAAGAUGGCUGCUCAGUCAGCGCCGAAAGUUGUGCUAAAAAGCACCACCAAGAUGUCUCUGAAUGAGCGCUUUACUAAUAUGCUGAAGAACAAACAGCCGAUGCCAGUGAAUAUUCGGGCUUCGAUGCAGCAACAACAGCAGCUAGCCAGUGCCAGAAACAGAAGACUGGCCCAGCAGAUGGAGAAUAGACCCUCUGUCCAGGCAGCAUUAAAACUUAAGCAGAAGAGCUUAAAGCAGUGCCUGGGUAAGAGUAACAUCCAGGCACGGUUAGGCCGACCCAUAGGGGCCCUGGCCAGGGGAGCAAUCGGAGGAUGAGGCCUGCCCAUAAUUCAGAGAGGCUUGCCCAGAGGAGGACUACGUGGGGGACGUGCCACCAGAACCCUACUUAGGGGCGGGAUGUCGCUCCGAGGUCAAAACCUGCUCCGAGGUGGAUGAGCCGUAGCUCCCCGAAUGGGCUUAAGAAGAGGUGGUGUUCGAGGUCGUGGAGGUCCUGGGAGGGGGGCCUAGGGUGUGGAGCUAUAGGUCGUGGCGGAAUCGGUGGUAGAGGUCGGGGUAUGAUAGGUCGGGGAAGAGGGGGCUUUGGAG